AUGGGUCGAAAAGAAGAAGAUGACUGCAGUUCCUGGAAGAAGCAGACUACCAACAUCCGGAAAACCUUCAUCUUCAUGGAAGUGCUGGGAUCUGGAGCUUUCUCAGAAGUUUUCCUGGUGAAGCAGCGCGUGACUGGGAAGCUCUUUGCCCUGAAGUGCAUCAAGAAGUCGCCUGCCUUCCGGGACAGCAGCCUGGAGAACGAGAUCGCGGUGCUGAAAAAAAUCAAGCACGAAAACAUUGUGACCCUGGAGGACAUCUACGAGAGCACCACUCACUACUACCUGGUCAUGCAGCUCGUUUCUGGUGGGGAGCUCUUUGACCGGAUCCUGGAGCGGGGUGUCUACACAGAGAAGGAUGCCAGUCUGGUGAUCCAGCAGGUCCUGUCAGCAGUGAAAUACCUCCAUGAGAACGGCAUCGUCCACAGAGACUUAAAGCCUGAAAACUUGCUGUACCUAACCCCUGAAGAGAAUUCCAAGAUCAUGAUCACAGACUUUGGUCUGUCCAAGAUGGAACAGAGUGGCAUCAUGUCCACUGCCUGUGGGACCCCAGGCUAUGUGGCUCCGGAAGUGCUGGCCCAGAAACCCUACAGCAAGGCUGUGGACUGCUGGUCUAUUGGCGUCAUCACCUACAUAUUGCUGUGUGGGUAUCCCCCUUUCUACGAAGAAACUGAGUCUAAGCUUUUUGAGAAGAUUAAGGAGGGUUACUAUGAGUUUGAGUCUCCGUUCUGGGAUGACAUUUCUGAAUCAGCCAAGGACUUUAUUUGCCACUUGCUGGAGAAGGACCCAAAUGAGCGGUACACCUGCGAGAAGGCCUUGAAUCACCCCUGGAUUGACGGAAACACAGCCCUCCACCGGGACAUCUACCCAUCAGUCAGCCUCCAGAUCCAGAAGAACUUUGCUAAGAGCAAGUGGAGGCAAGCCUUCAACGCAGCAGCUGUAGUGCACCACAUGCGGAAGCUGCACAUGAACCUGCACAGCCCAGCCUCGCGCCCGGGGCUGGAGAACAGGCUGCCUGUCACUCAAGCCUCAGAAGCCUCCAGACCCCGCUCUCCUGAGAUCGCCAUCACCGAGGCCUCCACCCUGGACCGGACUGUGGCACUCCCUGCACUGCCCCGGCUGCCCUGCCUACACAGCGUCCGGCCCGCUGCCCCCAUUGGCAGGUCCCUCAACUGCCUGGUCAAUGGCUCCCUGCGCAUCAGCAGCAGCCUGGUGCCCAUGCACCAAGGGCCCCUGGCCACCGGGCCCUGUGGCUGCUGCUCCAGCUGCCUGAGCAUUGGGAACAAAGGGAAGUCGUCCUACUGCUCUGAGCCCACUCUCCUCAAGAAGAGCAACAGAAAACAGAAUUUCAAAUCAGAGGUCAUGGUACCAGUUAAAGCCGGUGGCAGCUCCCACUGCCGGGCAGGACAGACUGGAGUCUGUCUCAUUAUGUGA